UUAACAUGGAAGGUGCGGAACCAAGUAAACAAUCAGUCCGUGAAACCUCGAUUAUAUUCGCAGAUUCAGACGAUUUCAUUUUCAGUUUUCUUUUGCGCGAAGACGUUGAGCUGGUUAAGCUUUCUUGAAAUAUAGUAUAUCAUAAGUGUAAAACUCGGAAGAGAGAGAGAAUUUGUUUAGCGCUGAUGUUUCGUCUCACACACCGACAAUGACGCGACUCCGGACCGGUCACACCCCGACCGCAUGUCUGUGAAGAGCCUGGACUGGGUUAAUAUUACUAGGGCUGAUGGUUUAGCGCUAACCAGGUGAAAUGGGCUCUUACAAGAGUGACAGGUCUCACCUGAAGCUCCUGACUUUACACCGCGAGCUGCUGGUGGAGCAGGUGAAGAACACGCAGUGUGUUCUGGACAAUCUUCGGAUGAACGGAUUCAUCUGCACUGAAGACAUCGAGAUCAUACAGCGCAGCAGCACCAAAACUGACCAGGUACGCAAAAUCUUGGAGCUGGUUCAGAGUAAAGGAGAGGAGUGCUCAGCGUAUUUCGUGCACGUUCUUCAUGAAGCAUACGACGCUUACAUUGAUCUGCGGCCUUGGUUCGAAGAAAUUAAGUACACACCAUUAGACACUAUUAGUGUCAUACCAGUGGUUAACACAGACCCGAUUAGCAAGUACUGCGAGAAGCUCAGAAAUGAGCUGGGAAGAGACACUCGGUUCAUCACGUCAUACUCGAAAAGCGAGGAGACGCCGCUGGAGGAUCUUUACACGGACACUCAGAUGGAGCUCCUGAACGACAGAGGUGAGAGUUUGGGAUACUUAGAGAGUCUGGACGAGCUUCUAAGAGACCAAGGAGUCUUCAAUUCGCAGGCCGAGACCAUCUUUAUCACCGGUGAUGCUGGCAUAGGCAAAUCAAUCGUUCUCCAGAAGCUGCAGAACCUGUGGUCCAGAAGGGAGCUGAAGACUCAAGCGAAGUUCUUCUUCAAGUUCAGAUGCAGGAUGUUCAGCGCCUUCAAGGAGACGGAUGAAAUCUCGCUGAAGGAUUUGAUUUUUAAACAUAACUGCUAUCCAGACGGAGACCUCGAUAACGAGGUCUUCACCUACAUCUUACGCUUCCCGGAGACUGUGCUUUUCACCUUUGACGGAUAUGAUGAAAUCCAGUCGGAUUUUGAUUUGGACAAUGUUCCGGAAACGGUGUCCCCUGAAGAAAAGACCCGUCCGCUUUUGCUUCUCAUGAACUUGCUUUGCGGAAAAUUACUCAAAGGUUCCCGGAAGAUUUUGACAGCACGAAGUGGCACUGAAAUCCAAAACAGAGUGAUUCAGAAGAAAGUCUAUAUGAAGGGUUUUUCCCCUGAGCACCUGAAGAGAUACACAACUUUGCAUUUCCCAGAGAAGGAGCAUAGGACGAUGGUGACAGAUCAGCUGGACGCCAAUCCUCACCUUUGUGGUCUUUGCUCCAUCCCGUUGUUCAGCUGGAUCAUCCUCAAGAGCUUUAAGCAUCUCCAUUCGGUAUAUGACAACUUCGAGUUGCCGGAUUCUUGCAUCACCCUCACAAAUGUCUUCUUGCUCCUCUCCGAGGUCUUCCUCGGACACUCGACGGCACGUCCUGGACUUUUAAAACGGAGUACGAGGUGUCCUGCGGAAACCUUUAAAGCUGGUGAGCGCAAGCUCUCGGCUUUUGCUCGCCUGGCCUUGCAUGGUCUCGAACGGGGUGGACUUGUUUUCAGCAUUGAGGAAGUGCUAUCCUGCGGAUUGGAAGACGAAGACCUCCAGUUUGGGUUUCUGAGGCCUGCUUCUCAUUACGAUGGAUUUGGAGGAUCGGCAACCUUCGAGUUCCUUCACGAGACCCUCCAAGCCUUCUUGGCGGCGUUCUCAUUGGUGCUUGACUCCAAAGUCACUCCUGAAUCUAUUUUGAGGUUCUUCUCCAAAUGCGAAUACAAGAGGUCGUCGCAUUUCUCCUGCUUACCUUGUCUGGGAAAGUCCAGUCCUAGAGAUAAAGACCCUUUCCAAACCAGCUUCCAGUUCACCAAUUUAUUCUUAUGUGGCCUCUUGUCCAAACCCAAUGCGGCACUCCUGGAGCAUCUCGUUCCUCCGGCGUUGUUGAAGCAGAAACACAAGAUGCUCAAGUCUUAUCUCUCCAACAGCGUGAAGACGCAUCUCAAAGGCCUUCCUCGAUAUCCAUCCACAGACAGUGGUGGUGACAAGGUGCAUGCAAUGCCAAAUUUCUUGUGGAUGCUGAGGUGCAUAUUUGAGACAAACAGUGAGGACGUUGCCAAGAUGACGGCUAACGGCAUAUCGGCGGAUUACAUUAAGAUCGCCUACUGCAAUAUUUACUCGGCCGACUGCAGCGCGUUGAACUUUGUCCUCCAUCAUCGUAGGAAGCACCUGGGAGUCGACAUGGACAAUAACAACAUCAAUGAUUAUGGAGUGAAGCAACUAAGACCGUCUUUCAGCAAAAUGACAGUAGUAAGAUUUUGUGUGAAUCAGCUGACGGACAGCAGUAUUGAGGUUCUGGCAGAGGAACUCACCAGACAUAAAAUCAUUAAAGUCUUGGGUCUUUACAAAAACUCCAUCACAGAUGUUGGAGCCAAACUAGUGGCAAAGAUCAUUGAGGAAUGUCCACACUUGAAAAUCGUCAAGCUUGGCUGCAACAACAUCACUGGUGUUGGUGGGAAAUACCUUGCCAGUGCAAUUUGCAAGAGCAAAUCCAUCUUUGACAUAGGAAUGUGGGGAAACAGCAUCGGUGACGAGGGCGCAGAUGCGUUUGCAGAGGCUCUGAAGAAUCACCCCAGCCUGACCAACCUCAGUCUCUCUGCCAAUGGCAUUACCUCUCACGGUGGAAGAAGUCUGGCAAAAGCAUUGAAGGAAAACACAAGUCUUCAUAUCUUCUGGUUGAUACAGAAUAAAAUCUCUGACGAUGCAGCGUCAGACUUUGCGGACACCUUCAGGUCCAACUCUGCUCUGACGCAUCUGAUGCUGAUAGAAAACGAGUUCACCAUUAGUGGAGCCAAACAGAUGUCUGAAGGCCUGACAAACAACACUACACUGAAGGAAGUGAAUGUUAAAGGAAACCGGGUUUCUGAAGAAGAAGAGCGAUUCUAUGAGGGCGACAAGAGGCUUCGCUUCCACUGAGAAGAAACAGUAAAACACGUGAUUGAGGAAAAAAUCAGCGAGAAAUAAAGGAAGUUGGUGUCAUGUCACAGACAUGGGUUUACUUCAGUAACACUAGCACCACUGGCUGUGCAACCAACACCAACUUCUAGGUCUAUUAUUACUAGGAUGAAACUCUAUGGUAACACUUUACUUAAAGCCUUUAUACAUGAUGCAUUUUAAACGUAUUUUCAAUGCAUAUGCCUUGUAAUGCACCUUAUAAUGCAUUGCAUGAUGAGUAAUUGUACAAUACUUUUUUUUUUUUGUUCAAGUAAAUGCAUUAAAAUGCACAACAAAAGCAAUUUAAGAUGUGACAAGGAAUCUGCAAAUAUUAUGCAUUUUAACUUUGGUUACAAGUAUUUAUGAAAAGAUAUAAUGCAUUACAACGCAAUCUUGAUAAUGGGUUAAACAAAUGCUUCAUGUUACUAAGAAUGUUUAUGAUGCUCUGACAUCAGUUUCAUAGCCUUUAUAUUUGAUGCAUUUUAUGCAUUUUUAUGCAUUCACCUUGUAAUGCACCUUAUAAUGCACUGCAUGAUGAAUAAUUGUACAAUACUUGUUUUGUUCAAGUAAAUGCAUUAAAAUGCACAACAAAAGCAAUUUAAGACGUAACAAAGAAUCCACAAAUAUUAUACAUUGCAUGAUGAAUAACUUAGAUGAACUGUAUGGUAACACUUAAAGCCUUUAUAUAUGAUGCAUUUUAAAAGUAUUUUUUAAUGCAUAUGUCUUGUAAUGCACCUUAUAAUGCAUUGCAUGAUGAAUAAUUGUGCAGUACUUUUUUUGUUCAAGUAAAUGCAUUAAAAUGCAUGACAAAAGCAAUUUAAGAUGUAACAAUUACAUAAUGCAUUUUAACUUUGGUAGCAAUUAUUUAUGAUAUAUAUGCCUUGUAAUGCACCUUAUAAUGCAUUGCAUAAUGAAUAAUUGUGCAAUACUGUUUGUACAUUAAGUAACUGCAUUGCAUGAUGCAUUAUAGUAAUACAUAGUAAUGCAUUAUAUCUUUUCAUAAAUAAUUGUAAGUUAAAAUGCAUUGUAAUAUUUGCAGAUUCCUUGUUACAUCUUAAACUGGUUUUGUUGUGCAUUUUAUAAUGCAUUAUACAUAAAGGCUUCAUCUUACUAAGAAUGUUUAUAUCGCUCUGAAAUCAGUUUCUUACUUAGAUGAACUCCAUGAUAACACUUCAUUUUAAAGCCUUUAUAUAUGAUGCAUUUUAAAAGUGUUUUUAAUGCAUAUGCCUUGAAAUGCACCUUGUAAUGCAUUGCAUGAUGAAUAGUUGUACUAUACUUUUUUGUUCAAGUAAAUGCAUUAAAAUGCACAACAAAACCAAUUUAAGAUGUAACAAGGAAUCUGCAAAUAUUAUAAUGCAUUGCAUGACAAAUAACUGUACAAUACUUUUUGUUCAUUAAGUAAAUGCAUCGCAUGAUGCAUUAUAGAUACAUUCAUAAUGUGCAUUGUAAUGCAUUAUAUCUUUUCAUGAAUAAUUGUAACCAAAGUUAAAACGCAUUGUAAUAUUUGCAGAUUCCUUGUUGCAUCUUAAACUGGUUUUGCUGUGCAUUUUAUAAUGCAUUAUACAUAAAGGCUUCAUUUUACUAAGAAUGUUUAUUUAUGUUUUUGCUUUAAAAUAGCAACACUUGAACACUUUGCAUUUUAGUCAAGCAGAUGAUUAAAAACAUUGCAAUUAAAUAUCUCAAGCAUGCAAACAGAAGGACAUCCAGACAAUUAUGUAAAGAUCUGUGCUUCAAAAGAUUUUCUUUUUUUAAUCUCAUUAUCUCUGUACAUAGUUUUUUUACACACAUGGAAUGUUACAAUAUAUCUAAAUCAUUAAAAAAACCUUUAUGAUCA